UCAAGCGUAGAGCAGCAAAGGCAGAAAGACAUCAUUCAACGCAUCGAUACUCUGAUGUAGAAGUAGACCUACGCUGAUCCUGUUUUUGUUUCACACGAUGCCGACUAGACUGCUCCUACUUCUCUGUCUGUCUGGACACGUAUUUACCAAAGAACCACCUGAAGUGGACUGUUGGGUGAUUCAUCUGAAACAUGUCAACUGUUCCUGGAAUAAACAAGGGACCCCAGACGUCAAUUACACCUUCUACAGUUGGUUCCAUAGUGAAAAAGAAAAGAACUGCACCACCUAUGUGUCCGAGAACGGCACAAACACUGGAUGUAUCCAACCCUACGACGAGCUGAUGGACAGAAGGUUCAGCACGUUCCACACCAGACUGACACAUGGCAACAAGACUUUCGAGAGGACGCAUCAACUGAAACAAAAAGUGCUGUUAGAUGCACCAAUCAACCUGACUGUCAAGAAUGACUCGGACUAUAACCUGUGGUUUUACUGGAACCAGACUGCUGCGCAUUGUGUGGAGAGUGAAGUUCGCUUCAGGGUCAACGACAAGAAUUGGGAGACUUCUCUGGUCAGUAUUGGGACUCAGAAAUACUGCAUCAACUUGCCUUCCAGCAGUUCCAGGUAUGAGCUGCAAGUGAAGAGCAGAGUGGGGGAAAACUGCGGAGAGUCAUUUAACUGGAGUAGCUGGAGUGAGCCUGCAGUCUGGGGAUCCAACAACAUCACAGACACCAAUGUGUCUGUGUCUGCGUGGACUCCACUGCUUUAUGUGGUCGCUGCUGUUAUUCUCAUCCUGUUGGUCAUGAUGAUCCUGCCCAAUGAAAGGCUCCGAAUCAUCCCAAUCCCUGUAAUUCCAAAGCCAUCCCUGCUCCUUUACGACAUUGAGGAUUGGCUUCAAUUCUCCAAAGGCAUGAAGGGGAAUUUGAGCUACAACGAGCAGGCCUGUCCUGUCCAGGAGUACUGCCACGUCUCUGAGUCCGACAGCGACAGCUCUGAUGGCUCCACCUGCUCCGUCACCACCGACCACACCGAUUGCUCCGUCUCCAUCGCUGUGAACAAUGCAGACGACCUUUCCACCGCCGCAGGUCUUCUCUCCUCUCAGGAGGAGGAGCAGGUCUCGGUGUAGGAGGCCUCUCAGUCAGGGUUCGUCGCGUUAUUUCGAUCAUGAAAUUCUUAUACUGACAGACACAUCGAAGAAUACAUGAUGCAUCCUCUUUAAAUUCUCCUUGUCAGAUGAUAUCAUAUUAUAUUGAGAUGCUUAAAGGCAAACAAUUAAAUCAAAAUUAUUAGUGUUUACGGAUGCUGACCACAAGAGGCAAAAACCCAGCUGCACUAUUUUUGAAUGUAACUUUGCUAGGAGAGACAUGUUCUUAAAAAGAAGCUGCAAUAAAAGUACUCAUUGAUAAUCUCUAUAAGCAAACCAGGACUUCAUUCUUCGCAACACUUAUCGUUUAAUAACAUGGUAAAACCAACCAACUCUUACUUUAUGAUUCACAAAGGUAUUUUUUCUUUAUAUGCAUCUUUGAAGUUAGAUAAUCUGUGGAUGUUUCAUGAUAGAUUCAGGGAAAUAUAUGUACACUUUUCAUAUUUUCAACAUUUUUAAGACAAUGGAACAAAAUGUAUACCUGGGUAUCUCUGCUGCACCAGAAAUAUAUUAUCUGCUCUAUACACUCUCUCACCAAGUUUUAAAUAUUUUGGAUCUUAUUUUUGAUAUUAUUCCAGUGGUUGACUGAACGUUAAUUUCAGUCUAAGAGAGCAAAUGGCUUGUUCAAGAUACAUUUCUGUUUGCUAUUUUUUGGGAACGCUGAAAUGAAAGAAGCAGGAUACAUAUGUUAUAGAUGGAUGGAUGGAUGGAUGGAUAGAUGGAUGGAUGGA